UGGCUUCCCCUUUUGCAAAGAGAGAGGCCUUUCUUCUUCUCCUCCUUCCCUUUCCGCCCAUCGGGCCCAGCCAACGGGGAGGGUAACUUGGCCCCCGUCCAUCGGCCCUGGCAAGGAAUGUGGAGGAAGAAGAAGAAGAAGAAGAAGAAGGGAAGGGGAAAGGCAAAGAGCAGGACGAGGCUGGAACGAAGAGAAGAAGGCAGAAGAGAAGAAGGCAAAAUGAAGGGCCAACCGCAGAACUUGGGGUCCGGGUUGCACCGACCUGGCAGUGCUCACGCAACAGGGCCCAAAUGUUGAAGCUCCGAGGUUUACCUGGCCGACAGGUAAACCCAAGUGGCCUUUAAGGCCUCAUUAAGAAGAGAAACCCAUUCGUUGGAACUCGAGAUGCUCACCAUCCGCCUGCCUCAGAUAUUCCGCAUCCACCAAGUACCACGCAUAUUUUGGGAAGAUGGGAUCAUCUCCGGCUACCGUCACCCCAAAAGUUCAGCACUGGAUUGUGUCCUCAGCUCCUUCCAACUCAACAACGAAACCAUCAACAUCUGGACGCAUUUCCUGCCGACGUGGUACUUCUUGUGGCGCUUCCUGGGGUUGUCCUAUAGCCUGGAUUUCUCCUGCGAUGCGUACAGCUGGCCCUUCCUGGCCUACAUGUGGCUGGUCUGCCUCUACCCCUUCACCUCCUGCUGCGCCCACACCUUCAGCACCAUGUCCGCCCACGCCAGGCACAUCUGCUACUUCUUGGACUAUGGGGCCCUCAGCCUCUACAGCUUGGGUUGCGCUUUCACGUACGGGGCCUACGCCAUGCCCGACCGCUGGGUCAGCAGCACUUUGCACUACUAUUUCGUCCCCGUGGCCGCCCUGAACUCCUUUGUCUGCACCAGUCUCUCCUGUUACUCCCGAUUCCUUGAACUCGAGUCCCCUCAUCUCAGCAAGAUCGCAAGGACGGCGGCUUUCCUUUACCCAUUCAUCUUUGACAACAUACCACUCUUCUACCGGCUGCUGUUCUGUUUCGGGGAGGAUUGCACUUGGAACGACUCGGUGCCCGGCUACUUCUACCACCUCUUCUUUGCGGCCCUCACCGGCUUCCUCUUUGCCUCCCAUUUGCCUGAACGCCUGGCCCCUGGGCGCUUCGAUUUCAUCGGCCACAGCCACCAGCUCUUCCACAUCUGUGCCGUGGUCGGCACCCACUUCCAGCUGGAGGCCGUCCUGCGGGACCUCCACUCGCGGCGGGAAUUCCUCGGCCUCCAUGCGCCGCCGGUCAUCUUUACCCAGACGUUUGCCGUCCUGGGCCUGGCUCUGCUGGGCAACGGACUCCUCAUCGCCGCCUUCACCCUCCUCCUCUGCCGCUCCGCAGGCUCCACAUCCAUCCUCCAGAACAACGUCUCGGAGGCAGAAGCCAAGGAGAAGUGAGACACUCACUACAGACUACAAGGCCUUGGAGAGGUGGGGACGAUGGGUGCUGGAGUCCAAAGCGUCACGCCGUCGCACUUUAUACCUCAGUCUCAAUGCGGGGUCCCAAACCGUCCCAUAUUUAGUGCCCACUGCUCUCUGUUUGGUUUGUUUUUCAAAUUAGCACUUUAACUCAUGGGCUCGAGGCGUACGCACCUGCACCUACGCUGUCGAACGACAACACCCAGGAUUCCGUAGUUGCGGCAGUUGUAAGUGGUGUCAAACUGCAUUAAGUCUACAGUGUAGAACAGGGAUUGGCAAACUCUGACCCUCCAGAUAUUUUGGACUUCAACUCCCACAAUUCCUAGCACUUUGACUCUUGGGCUCGAGACGUACGCACCUGCACCUACACUGUCGAACGAAUGGAAUUUUAAUACUGCUUCAAAAGUUGUGGCAGUUGUAAGUGGGGUCAAACUGGAUUAAGUCUACAGUGUAGAAAAGGCCUUGGGCACUUUGACUCUUGGGUUCAGACGUACGCACCUGCACCUACUCUGUCGAACGAAUGGAGUUUUAACACUGCUUCAAAAACUAUAGAAUCCUGGGAGUUGUAGCUUCGCCAAGCCUUGACUCUUCCCUGCCACUGAGGACCAAACGACAACACCCAAGAUUCCAUAGUUGUGGCAGUUGUAAGUGGUGUCAAACUGCAUUAAGUCUACAGUAUAGAACAGGCCUUGGCAAACUCUGACCCUCCAGAUAUUUUGGACUUCAACUCCCACAAUUCCUAGCACUGACUCUUGGGCUCGAGACGUACGCACCUGCACCUACUCUGUCGAACGAAUGGAAUUUUAAUACUGCUUCAAAAGUUGUGGCAGUUGUAAGUGGUGUCAAACUGCAUUAAGUCUACAGUGUAGAACAGGCCUUGGCAAACUCCGACCCUCCAGAUAUUUUGGACUUCAACUCCCACAAUUCCUAGCACUUUGACUCUUGGGCUCGAGACGUACGCACCUGCACCUACUCUGUCGAACAAAUGGAAUUUU